AUUCGUCUCCUUCUGCUACUCAACAAGCCUUUAAUGCAUCAUCAAUGUAUAACGCUCAAAACGGUUUCGGAGGUCAGCAGCAUCAACAGCAGCAGAAUAAUAUGGUCGCCAUGGCUGCCAUGUUGGGUCAAAUGCAACAGCAACAACAGACCGGUCAAGCAGCUGGAUAUGGUCAAAUGUUGGGUCAGAAUGGUAUGAAUGGAAUGGGCAUCAACACUUCUAUCGCUGGUGUAAAUGGCUAUACUCAACAGCAGACUUCACCCUUCUUAAACAGUCCACAUGUUGCUCAAUUCACAUCACCAAGCAUGACUCAGUUCUCUCCGAAUUUGACCAUUGGCAACGGUGGUCUUUCGGCUGUACAAACCAACUUUCCGUCUCCAUUACUCGGUGCUUUCCCUACUCCGAAUUCAGCCGCUUACGCCAACUUUCCGUCGCCUGGCUUAAGUCAGGGUAGUUAUGGCACGAUCCAAUCUGCUCAAAAUGCGACUUUUGGUCCAGAUGGUAUUCAGACUGGUGUAGCUCAAGGGGGUGCUGGUGGUAAUGGUCAAACAGGUCGCACGGUCUAUGUUGGAAAUUUACCUGCUGAUGCAGCCGUCGAUGAACUCCUGAGUCAAGUCCGAUUCGGUCCAAUCGAUACAGUCAAAGUUCUCCCGGAGAAGAAUUGCGCAUUCAUCUCCUUUUUGGAUCCCACCACCGCUGCAGCUUUUCACUCAGAUGCUCUGAUGCGAAAGGUUCAACUUCACGGGCAAGAACUGAAGAUCGGAUGGGGAAAGCCAAGUGCAGUGCCUACUAAUGUUGUGAUGGCUGUGCAACAGAAUGGAGCGACGAGGAAUGUAUAUCUGGGCAAUUUGGAAGAAAAUGAGACCGAGCAGAGUUUGAGGGAUGAUUUGAGUCGGUUUGGUCCGAUCGAUCAAGUGAAGAUUGUACGAGACAAGAAUAUUGGGUUCAUUCACUUUCUGUCUAUAGCAACUGCUAUCAAAGUGGUCCAGAGUUUGGCGACUGAACCCGCUUGGGCCGGGAAGCGUGUGCACUAUGGUAAGGAUCGAUGUGCAUAUGUUCCGAAAAACCAGCACCAGCAACAGCAACACAACAUGGCCGCUGCCGCCAUGGCUGCUACCGCUGCUGGAUACGUAGGUUUCAGUAACACAUUGGCUGGUAUCAACCUUGAUCCUACUCAGGUCCAACCUGGCAAUCGGACCGUCUACCUUGGUAACAUCCAUCCUGAGACUACCCUCGAAGAGAUCUGCAACACCAUUCGCGGUGGGAUCUUACAACAGAUUCGAUAUAUACAAGACAAACACAUUGCCUUUGUUACUUUUGUUGACUCGAAUGCUGCAGUUGCGUUCUUCCAUACUGCAACCUUUCAAGGUAUUGCAUUGCAUAACCGUCGCCUUAAGGUUGGAUGGGGUAAACAUUCUGGACCACCCUCUCCCGGUAUUGCCAUGGUGGUGCAAGCGGGCGGUUCUCGUAAUGUUUACAUUGGUCAAAUUGAAGACUUUGAGGCAUUUGACGAGGCCAAGAUCAGGCAAGACUUCUCACAGUACGGUGAGAUCGAGUUGGUCAACUUGCUUAAAGAGAAGAAUUGCGCCUUUGUAAAUUUCACGAACAUUGCCAAUUCGAUCAAGGCGAUCGAAGGUAUCAAACAGAAUGAAGAAUACUCAAAGUUCAAGAUCGCGUACGGUAAAGAUCGAUGUGCCAAUGCCCCGCGUAACGCACCUUGGGCUCAACUCUUCUCACCUACCACCCCGACUCCUGGUGCCGGUCCCCGAAGUGCUCCUGCCCAGAUGACAGGUUUUAACCAUCACAUGCUUGGUGAAACAUCCCCUGUGUACAGUGCCAAUGGAUUCUCGCCCAACCCGACUGCUGAGGACUUUGCGCAUAUCGUGGUGACAGCUGAUGGUGGAAGUGUCCAUCCGGGUCAGGAAGUUGCACAUGGCGAGGCUUAGUCAAGACCUCUCAAAUCACCACCACUCAUAUCUUGUCUAGACUUUUUACAAUUUCAUGGUGAUAUAUGGAUGUAGUUUUGUUUCGUGUCAAUUUUUGGGCAAGUGGCUGAUCGGUAUAGAGCCUUUUAAAGUUAAUUUCGGCAUCAUCGACAACAAGUUUUUUCGUUUCUUCUCCACAAACAUCAUGGGUUGAUACUAGUGGGGUGAAUAGAGGACGCUUGAAGUCUUAUCUUACAAUUCCAAUCAGGGUUUUUGACUCGCCACAAUCUUCACAUUUAAACCUCUUGUUAACUCAGCAUUUUAUUUUUCAGACAAAACCUUUCAGAAAGUGGCAAGUCGUUGGUGACAAGCAAACAAAAUGUGUAUUGGAGCUUUUUCAUUUUUUCAUUUUUUGUUUUUGCUCUCAGUAUUUCAUCUUCCUACCCAAAAAAAACCCUUUUUCCUCUUGAUCGUCCCACUCAAAAAGCAAAAAAAAAACUCAAAGAAUUACAUGAAAGAUGUUGAUCGAUGUAGUAGUUUUGAUAAUGGUUUCUUAUUUUAGAUAACUUCAUUCCCGCUAAUCGAAUCUCUAGAUGUAUCCAUUCUCUUCAUCAUUCCUAUCAACACAUAGUACUGCUCUACCAUUCUCCAUUUGAUCACAAACCAUCAUUUUGUUCCAUGAUGUUUUUUUUGUGGAUCAUAUCAAAUUGCAUACACCAUUGGUCUUUGGUCUUUUUAUUUUACUUCUCUAGCUCUGCUGUUUUUUUUGUGAAUUGAUUUAUCAAAAGCUGAUGAUCAGUUUCUUCAGAAAAACAAAAACCCCAAAUGUGAAUUCAAAAACUUGCUUCUUAAUCAUAUCUCUGAUUUUAGAUAAUUCAUUUUUAAUUUCAAUU